AUGGCUCUUCGUCAAUUAGCCCGAGCGCAACCCCUCUUUGCGCGACCUGCUCUCGCUCCUCGAUCAGCUCUCCUAGCUCCUCGAUUCGCAGCGUCAUUCACUUCUACACCUAAGCGAUCGGAUGUACCUCCAGCAGCUUAUCAAACCCCUCCUGGUCAAGGUCCCAUCCCUCCCAAGGGCCAAAAGGUCAAGGCCCCAUUCUCUGUUCGAAGUGGUAGAUUCUUCAGAAAUCUUGGACGUGUAACUCUUGUCGUAGUUCUUGGUACAACUGGUGCUUUCCUUUAUGUCACCCAAAUUCAGAACUCACCACCUGAUCAACUCCCUUCUGAUCCCAAGAAACCCACCCUCGUAGUCCUCGGUUCAGGUUGGGGAGCAACUUCGUUCCUGAAACAACUCGACACCGAAGAGUUCAACGUUGUUGUCAUCUCACCUCGAAAUUACUUCCUUUUCACCCCUCUUCUUCCUUCAGUCACCGUUGGUACCCUUGAGCCCAGAUCCAUCAUUCAACCUACCAGAUACAUCACACGACACAAGAAGAGAAAGGUAGAUGUGUAUGAAGCUGAAGCUCAAGAAGUUGAUCCUGUUAAGAAGACCGUUACUUUCCAAGAUCUAUCCGACGUUCGAGGUUCAGCAGGCUCGGUCACUCUCAACUAUGAUUAUCUUGUUUACGCCGUCGGAUGUGAGAACCAAACAUUCGGUAUUAAAGGUGUCAACGAGCAUGCCUGUUUCCUCAAAGAACUUUCCGAUGCUGAUAAAGUUCGAACAAAGCUUAUGGACUGUAUUGAAACUGCUGCUUUCAAAGAUCAACCUCAAGAUGAGAUUGACAGACUCAUGCACAUGGUUGUGGUCGGUGGUGGUCCCACUGGUGUAGAGUACGCUGGUGAACUUCACGAUUUCUUGAUUGACGAUCUCAAAAAAUGGUACCCAGAGGUUGCUGAUCGACUCCGGAUCACCCUUAUCGAAGCCUUACCUAACGUCUUACCUGCUUUCUCUAAACAAUUAAUUCAAUAUACCGAAUCAACUUUCGCUGAAAACAAGAUUGAUGUUCUCACCCGAACUAUGGUCAAGGAUGUCAAAGAGAACGCCGUAGUCGUCCAAGAUGCUAACAAACAAAUGCGAGAGAUCCCUUACGGUCUCUUGGUCUGGGCUACCGGUAACACUUCAAGACAAAUCACAAGAGAUCUGAUGACCAAACUUGCUACUACUCAAACUCAACGAAGAGGUUUAAUGGUAGAUGAUUAUCUUUCCAUGUUAGGUGCCGAUGGAGUCUACGCUGUCGGUGAUUGUACCGCUACAUCGUAUGCUCCUACCGCUCAAGUAGCAAGUCAGCAAGGUAUGUACUUGGCCGGAAUCUUCCAAAAAUUAGGUCAAAAAGCAAAAUAUGAAAGACAACUCUCUGAAUUGAGAGCUCAAAACGCAAGUCCCGAAGAAAUUGAGGCUACCGUUAAGAAACUUAACAGAUCUGCUAAAUUGACUCCUUUCCACUACUCUCACCAAGGAUCGCUCGCAUACAUCGGUUCUGAGAAAGCUAUCGCAGACUUACCAUUAUUCAACGGAAACGUAGCUUCAGGUGGUGGCGCUGCAAUGCUUUUCUGGAGAUCAGCUUAUAUCUCUACACUGUACUCUGUCCGAAACAGAACUCUGGUUCUAGCCGAUUGGUUGAAGGUUAAGAUCUUCGGUCGGUGA